GGCUCUGGGGAAGACUAAGUGUGUGUUUUCCGUCUCCUGAUCACAUCCCGUUCUCUGCUGUUCUGGUCUUUGCUUGGAAGAAAUGUCUUCUAUAAAAAGAAAUCCAAAGCAAGAAAUAGUUUCUCAAUUUCACUAUUCAGCUGCAGAAGGAGAUAUUGCCAGGUUAACAGUAAUACUCAGUCAUUCUCCAUCUCUACUCAAUGAAACUUCUGAAAAUGGCUGGACUGCUUUAAUGUAUGCUGCAAGGAAUGGGCACCCAGAUGUUGUCCAAUUUCUACUUGAGAAAGGGUGUGACAGAUCCAUUGUCAACAAAUCAAGGCAGACUGCACUGGAUAUUGCUAACUUUUGGGGUUACAAGCAUAUAGCUAACAUACUAGCUAAUAAUAAAGGUGGGAAGAAGCCUUGGUUCCUAACCAAUGAAGUAGAAGAAUGUGAAAAUUAUUUUGGCAAAACACUGUUGGACCGGAAAAGUGAAAAAAGAAGUAAUUCUGACUGGCUACUAGCUAAAGAAAGCCAUCCAGCCACAGUUUAUAUACUUUUCUCAGAUUUAAAUCCCUUGGUUACUCUGGGUGGCAAUAAAGAAAGUUCCCAACAGCCAGAAGUCAGGCUUUGUCAGCUGAACUACACAGAUAUAAAGGAUUAUUUGGCUCAGCCUGAAAAGAUCACCUUGAUUUUCCUUGGAGUAGAACUUGAAAUGAAAAAAGAGUUACUUAAUUAUACUGGGGAAGUCCCAAGAGAAGAAGAUGGGUUGGUUGCCUGGUUUGCUCUAGGUAUAGAUCCUGUUGCUGCUGAAGAAUUUAAGCAAAGACAUGAAAAUUGUUAUUUUCUUCAUCCUCCAAUGCCAGCUCUUCUGCAAUUGAAAGAAAAUGAAGCUGGAGUUGUAGCUCAAGCAAGAGCCGUUCUUGCCUGGCACAGUAGAUAUAAGUUCUGCCCAACCUGUGGAAGUGCAACGAAAAUUGAAGAAGGUGGAUAUAAAAGAGUAUGCUUAAAAGAAGGCUGCCCUAGCCUCCAUGGCGUUCACAAUACAUCCUAUCCGAGAGUUGAUCCAGUAGUAAUCAUGCAAGUUAUUCAUCCAGAUGGGACCAAAUGUCUUUUAGGCAGGCAGAAAAGAUUUCCUCCAGGCAUGUUUACUUGCCUUGCUGGAUUUAUUGAACCUGGGGAGACAAUAGAAGAUGCUGUUCGGAGGGAAGUAGAAGAGGAAAGUGGUGUCAAAGUUGGCCAUGUUCAGUAUGUCUCUUGUCAACCAUGGCCAAUGCCCUCUUCCUUAAUGAUUGGUUGCUUAGCUGUGGCAGUGUCUACAGAAAUUAAAGUUGACAAGAAUGAAAUAGAGGAUGCCCGCUGGUUCACUAGAGAACAGGUUGUGGAUGUUCUGACCAAAGGGAAGCAGCAGGCAUUCUUCGUGCCACCAAGCAGAGCGAUUGCACAUCAGUUAAUCAAACACUGGAUUGGAAUGAACCCCAAUCUCUAAAUCAAUAACUAGACUUUGAGUACUAAUUGAUUUCUAAUACUACUUAUUUCGUCAUAUGAUAUUAGAAAUGUUCACUGCUCUUUAGAAUGUCACAAUACAAAAUAUCAUAUUGGGUGUCUAAAAUAUUUUCAAAGUGUACUUUUCAUCGUAACCACAGAAUUCUUAACUUUAUAAAUUAUAACAUUGCCUCAGAUUUUGUUAAAUCUGGAUCAUCCUUCUGUAGAGUUUUUUGGGGGUUUUUUGGGUUGUGCUCCAUAAUUUUAUCUCACAAAACCAUAUUUCUAAUAAGAGAAACCAUGUUGUAAAGAACUAUGUUCUAAAAAUGUAAGUAACCUAAACUCUUAUAAGCAUUAGACCAGACAUUAAAGACCCAACACUGAAAUUAAACAUAUUCUAAAGGAAUUCUCAAAAAGCAGAUUUAAAUCUCAAAUAGAUGUACAUCUAUAUAUAUAUAUAUAAAAAACACUAAUAUGCAAGUAGACCGAAUGGUGGAAUAACCAAACAAUCGGUCACUAUGAAGUGAGCUGACCACCAGGGGGUGCGCGUGGAACAUGGCGGGCA